AUGGAUGACAUCGCCAGCGAGGCGCCGGUGGGGGCGUUCGCCAUCGGCCCGUCCACGGCGCUGGGCCGCGCCGUCGCGCUCCGGGUGCUGCUCUGCGGCUCCGCGGCGCGCCUGUGGCACCGCCUGGCCGCGGCGCUGCGCGACGCGCUGCCCGUCGCGGCGGCGUGGCUGCACCCGCGCGACAACACGCGCGGGAUCCUGCUCGCCGUCUGCGCCGUCGCGCUCCUGCUGCGGGGCCGCCGCGGCAGGGCGGGGCUGCGGGCGAGGGUGCAGUCCGCCUACCGCCGCAAGUUCUGGCGGAACAUGAUGCGCGCCGCGCUCACCUACGAGGAGUGGGCGCACGCGGCACGGAUGCUGGAGUACGAGGCCGCCCCGCGCCGCGCCAGCGACGCCGACCUCUACGACGAGGAGCUCGUCCGCAAUAAGCUCCGCGAGCUCAGGCACCGGCGCCAGGAGGGAUCGCUCAGGGACAUCGUCUUCUGCAUGCGCGCGGACCUGCUGAGGAACCUCGGCAAUAUGUGCAACCCUGAACUGCACAAGGGGAGGCUGCAGGUGCCUAGACUCAUAAAGGAAUACAUUGAGGAAGUAUCUACUCAACUGAAAAUGGUCUGUGAUUCUGAUUCAGAUGAGUUGCCUCUUGAAGAGAAACUCGCAUUUAUGCAUGAGACAAGACAUGCCUUUGGUAGAACAGCCUUGCUGCUAAGUGGAGGUGCUUCAUUGGGAUCCUUUCAUGUGGGUGUUGUUAAAACCUUGGUAGAACAUAAACUUUUGCCAAGGAUAAUUUCAGGAUCAAGUGUUGGCUCGAUAAUGUGUUCUAUAGUAGCAACAAGAUCAUGGCCUGAGCUGGAGAGCUUUUUUGAAGAGUGGCAUUCCUUGAAAUUUUUUGACCAGAUGGGUGGAAUCUUUCCUAUGGUUAAAAGAAUUUUGACACAAGGCGCUGUUCAUGAUAUAAGGCACUUGCAGGUGCUUUUGAGAAACCUUACCAGCAAUUUGACAUUUCAAGAAGCUUAUGACAUGACUGGUCGGAUUCUUGUUGUCACCGUGUGUUCUCCAAGGAAGCAUGAGCCGCCUCGAUGCCUAAACUAUUUAACAUCACCUCAUGUUCUUAUCUGGAGUGCAGUAACAGCUUCCUGUGCUUUUCCUGGACUUUUUGAGGCCCAAGAAUUGAUGGCAAAAGAUAGAUUUGGUCAAACCAUUCCUUUCCAUGCUCCAUUCUUAUUAGGCAUAGAGGAACGAACUGUUGCUCCAACCCGCCGCUGGAGAGAUGGGAGCUUAGAAAGCGAUUUACCCAUGAAGCAAUUGAAGGAACUAUUCAAUGUGAAUCAUUUCAUAGUAAGCCAAGCCAAUCCUCACAUAGCUCCGCUGUUGAGACUAAAGGAAAUCGUUAGGGCUUAUGGAGGCAGCUUAGCUGCCAAGCUCGCUGAACUUGCUGAGAUGGAAGUUAAACAUAGGUGUAAUCAAGUUCUGGAACUUGGAUUUCCUCUAGGAGGAUUAGCUAAAUUAUUUGCUCAAGAUUGGGAAGGCGAUGUUACAGUUGUUAUGCCAGCCACUCUUGCGCAGUAUUCCAAGAUGAUACAGAACCCGUCUUAUGCUGAGCUUCAGAAGGCUGCGAAUCAAGGUAGGAGAUGCACUUGGGAAAAGCUAUCAGCCAUCAGGGCAAAUUGUGCUAUUGAGCUUGCACUGGAUGAAUGUGUUGCCCUCCUGAACCACUUGCGUAGGCUAAAGAGGAGUGCAGAAAGAGCAUCCGCAUCGCAAGGAUAUGGUCCAGCAAUCAGGUUCCGCCCAUCUAGGAGGAUUCCAUCCUGGAAUCUCAUAGCAAGAGAAAAUUCAACUGGUUCUCUUGAAGAAGAAAUGCUUACAUCUCCUCAAGGACCUGGAGGAGUUGCUGGAACAUCUACCAGAAACCAGUAUCUUCAGAGAAGUGCACACGAGAGCAGUGACAGUGAAUCUGAGAGUAUUGAUUUACACUCUUGGACAAGAAGUGGUGGCCCUCUUAUGAGGACAGCCUCAGCCAAUAAAUUCAUCAGCUUUGUUCAGAAUCUUGAGAUCGACACAGAAUUCAGAACAAUUCCAUCAAGGGAAGACAUAACUGAUCUUGUGACACCAAAUGCUGGUACCUUGGCAGCUCAUGCAGUGAGUAGAGAAGCAAUCGAUAGGAGCUUGGACAAUUCAGCUUUAGAUAUCCAUGAUACCAUUACCCCUAGAUCGACAUUUGGCCCUUCAACAAGUAUUGUGGUUUCUGAAGGUGACUUGUUGCAGCCUGAAAAGAUUGAAAAUGGUAUUUUGUUUAAUGUUGUAAGGAGGGAUACUCUGCUCGGGUCUAGUAGUGGAGUUGAAUCUCAAGGAUCUCCUCGGGAACCAGAUGUUGAAACAGUACAUACGGAGUGCCUUGAUGGCAUGUUAGUUUCUGAUGAUGAUGACAAGGAACAUAUCAUUGAUGAUGGAGCAACUGAUCCCAUGAGCAGAAAUAUUCUACAAGAUCAGGGGUCCUCACUGGAAGAAAAUUUAUAUCGUACCUCUUCCUCAAAUUCUGAAGAUGAGACAAACACAAACAAACCAGAAGCUGCAUCUAUUUUUGAUAUAUGUACAGAGAUGCAUCCGGCAUUCAUUAGCCUACCUGAAGGGUCUUCAGAAAAGACAACUGGAAACAGCAAAGAUUCCUGA